AUCUAAUGGCAACUCCAGGUGCAUUUAAAGUUUGCUCUUUAAACGACAAAGUCACGCUGAUAACCGGCGCAAGUUCAGGAAUAGGAGCUGGCACAGCCGUACUGUUUGCCAAACUGGGUGCCCGGCUGGCGCUGAAUGGACGCGAUGUAGAAAAUCUCACUAAAGUCGCAAAAGAGUGCGAAGCUUGUGGAGCAGUUAAACCCUUAUUAGUUCCAGGAGACUUGACAGAUGAGGAUACUGUGAAGAGGACAGUUGAAGAGGUCAUUGCUCACUUUGGGAAGCUGGAUGUCCUGAUCAACAGUGCAGGAAUACUCGCCAUGGGCAGUAUAGAGACAACAGAUAUGGCCCAGUAUGACAAGGUCAUGUCUGUUAAUGUCAGAUCAGUAUAUCAUCUCACUCAUCUCUGCGUGCCACAUCUUAUCGAAACUAAAGGCUCAAUUGUGAAUGUGUCCAGUGUGAAUGGGCAGCGAUCGUUUCCUGGUGUACUUGCCUACUGUAUGUCCAAAUCAGCCAUCGACCAAUUCACACGCUGUGUUGCUCUUGAGUUAGCAUCAAAGCAAGUACGAGUCAACUCAGUAUGCCCAGGAGUAAUUAUAACAGAAGUUCACAAGCGUGCAGGACUAGAUGAGGACCAGUAUGCUCAGUUCCUUGAGAAAACCAAGGUGACCCAUGCUCUCGGCAGACCAGGGGAAGUAGAGGAAGUAGCUCAUGCUAUCGCCUUCCUGGCAUCUGAUGCUGCAACAUUUAUAACAGGUGUCAAUCUUCCAGUGGACGGAGGUCGACAUGCAAUGUGUCCACGAUAACACUCUGCCACCAUGAUAGAGCUGCCAUAAAAGUAAAGAAAUAAACAUAAUUGGACCUGA